UCCACGAAGGCAAUCCUGCUCCUUUCUGGUCUCCGAAACACACUUAACCACUAUGAUAAGGUUGUGCAUCUUGCUGCUAGCAGCCAGGAUACAUCUAGAAACCUUCCCUUGGUGUUCCUACGCUCUCACCGUUGAUGCAGCACCAGACAUCUCCAGCAACGAUGAAAACCAGCCAUUGAUGAGCAGUGUUGAUGACUUUUACAAAGUGGGUCAUCAGUAUUGGAAGGGAGAUUUCCCUAACAGAAACUUCUUAAGAUUCGGGCGCAGCAAGUAUGGCGACUACGGCACUAAUGGCAACGAUGAACUCACUGACUUGUUUGAGAAGCGAAGUCGCAACUUCCUACGUUUCGGUCGUGAUCCUUCACGCAAUUUCCUGAGGUUCGGCCGCUCCGUCGACUGUCAGCGCAGUUCCCUGUCACACGAUGGCUGCGAUGUGAAAUCCAAGUCCCUGGAAGCUUCUGAACUCUCAACCACACCAGUGCAGCAAAACAUAUCCCACAACAUUGAUUCCUCAGAAUCAGGGAAGAUAACUUCUCAACGCUGGAAGAGAGCUGUUCCAGGUGUAUAUGUAUCACUGCCUUAUUACAGCCCCUCCGCCUGGGCCAGAGAAAAUCCGUCCAGAAGAUGA